AGUAAAUUAUGGUUUCAUUUGGCCUUUGAGGCAAAUAAGACAAAUCUAUGAGGUAGGAAGGGAACGAGAUGGAAGGUACUCAGUGACCCAUAUCACACAAAAGCACACACUCUUGUUCUGUGACUGAACCUACGCUUUCAUUGUGUGAUUGGAGAAUGACAUUGGCUGAGAGAUUGCUAGUCACAUGGUUGGCCGUGCCCGUGCCUUCAUAAAUGGUUGCAGAAUGCAGGAGACGGUCUAUCUGAAAGAAUUAUGAUUACGGAUACGCACAUAGACGCAGACACACAGGAGACACGGCGGGUCUCAGAACCCCUCCGCGCGGGCUCUGCCCAUGCCACUAACAACACCUGCAAGGCCUGAACUGGAGGCUAAAAUGAACUGGGCAUCUUUAUAUGCCACUGUCAGUGGCAUAAACCGGCAUUCAACAGGAAUCGGGCGGAUCUGGCUUUCUGUCCUCUUCAUUUUCCGGAUCCUGAUUCUGGUGGUGGCGGCGGAGAGCGUUUGGGGUGAUGAGAAAGCACAUUUUAUCUGCAACACUCAGCAGCCGGGCUGCAACAGUGUAUGCUACGACCAUUUCUUCCCCAUCUCUCAUAUUCGGCUCUGGGCCCUGCAGCUCAUCAUGGUCUCUACCCCUGCCCUGUUGGUUACAAUGCACAUUGCGCAUCGUCGGCACGUUGAUAAAAAGUUGUCCCGCCAGGCAGGCCGCACCAAUCCGAAGGACCUAGAGCUGAUAAAGAAUCAAAAAAUGAAGAUUACCGGUGGACUCUGGUGGACUUACAUGAUAAGCCUAUUGUUCCGGGUGCUGUUCGAAUCUGCAUUUAUGUAUCUAUUCUACAUGAUUUAUCCCGGCUAUAAGAUGUUCCGGCUAGUAAAGUGUGACUCUUACCCCUGCCCGAACAUAGUCGACUGCUUUGUGUCCAGGCCAACUGAGAAAACAGUCUUCACUAUAUUCAUGCUUGCCGUGUCCGGCAUCUGCAUCCUGCUCAACAUCGCAGAAAUCGUCUUUCUUGUUGCUAGGGCAACAAGUCGACACCUGAAUAAUUCCAAGGACUCCCCAGUGGGAACCUGGAUCAGUCAGAAACUGGGUUGAAUUUAGAAAUGCACUGAAAAUAGUUCAGUGCAUUGAGUCUAGAUCACUUUACUCAAGUCUUAAUUUGACACAAUGUUAAUAGGGCUAAUAAUAUCUUCACAUUAUUUAUUGAUGUCUUUUUUAGUCUAUACACUACAAACACAUACAUAAUAUUUAACUUCAUAAAAUCAAAAUGUAAAUGAAAUCUCACUGUUUAUAAAGUUUUAAACUUAUAUUGUAGCUAAAAACUUUACAAUAAAAUAAAAUACUUGAAUUAUA